CACAGACUAACUGAUGGACUGUGAUCCUGAACACUGGUUGAGACUUAACACGGGAAGGGUGCCCCCUCCACUUUAGUUAACGAUCAUUUGUUGAACAUGUACUACAUGCCGGGAGCUGGGAGUACAUGGAUAAAAAGAAAAUAAUCCUCCAGUCUUUGAGGAGUUUGGUCCAGCAGGAAAGACAAACGCAGAUCAAGAUUCUCUAAGAGCCACGCCCUAGAUUUUUGAGGAGGCCCAGUGGGGGCAUGUGAGCAACCGUGACCGGAUGGGUCAGUUUUCCAAGAGGGGACGCUCACUUUGGGUCCAGACUGAGCGGGGGUUCUCUGUCCAGAAGAGGAGGGGCUCACAGGCGCGCCCAGUAGGUGCCAGUGAAAAUUACAAGAGAGCGGCGGAAAAUCUACAGGGUCUGGAGAGUACAGGACCUUAACGCGAGCAAGCGCAGAGGUCCCUGAACUGAGGCUGUUCAAAGCGAGGACAAGGCCAGGACCAGGCACAAGGGCGAAGGAGCGAGGAAGACCGAGAGCGUGGGCGCGCAGGCCCGGGAAGGUGGGCGAGACAUCAAAAACGGAGCCUAAAAGGACCAGAGCGAGGCUAACGAACCCGACUGGCGUCCGUGAGGACGCGGGUUCGGCCCUGGGCCCGCUCAGCGGGUUAAAGGCCGGCCUUGCUGCGGCCGUGGUGCAGGCUGGCGGCCACAGCUCCGACUACCCCUGACCUGGGACGCUCCAUACGCCGCGGGGUGAGGACCCGGUGGGCACCGAAGGCCAAAAGUGGCUCCUCACGCGGCCAGGGGACAAGCCAAGCGGCCGCUACGCCCGGCCCGAGCCAGCCACCAAAACCAGAGCGAGACCCGCGGGACUGCUCAGGGCUGCGGCGGUCGGCGGGGAGCUGAGACCGGCGGCCCCGGCGGCUUUCCCGCCCGCGGCGCGCACCGCAGCCCUCAAGCCCCGCCCCCGGCGGCAGAGCUCAGCCUGCGAGCGCCAGCGCACUCACUGCACCGCGCAGGGCUCCCGGCCCCGCCGCCGCCCCCGGAACAGCUCUGCGAUGGCGAGCUCAACCCCCGGAUGCGAAAACGGCAAGACCUGUAAUCGCGCGAGAUCCGCGCCCUCGCAGGCCCCGCCCCCCGAGCCGGAAGUGAGGCGUGGGCUCCGCCCCUGGGCCCGAUAGCUCGCGAGACUUUGCCGAGGCCUUCCUCUUGCGUCGCGGCCGCCGACAUGCCGUCCAGACUAAGGAAGACCCGGAAACUCCGCGGCCACGUGAGCCACGGCCACGGCCGCAUCGGCAAACACCGGAAGCACCCAGGAGGCCGGGGCAAUGCGGGUGGCAUGCAUCACCACAGGAUCAACUUCGACAAAUAUCACCCGGGAUACUUUGGAAAAGUUGGUAUGAGGCAUUACCACUUAAAGAGGAACCAGAGCUUCUGCCCAACUGUCAACCUCGAUAAAUUGUGGACCUUGGUCAGUGAGCAGACACGGAUAAAUGCUGCCAAGAACAAGACCGGAGCUGCUCCUAUCAUUGACGUGGUGCGAUCGGGUUACUACAAAGUUCUGGGGAAGGGAAAGCUCCCAAAGCAGCCUGUCAUCGUGAAGGCCAAAUUUUUCAGCAGACGAGCUGAAGAGAAGAUUAAGGGUGUUGGGGGGGCCUGUGUCCUGGUAGCUUGAAACCACAUGGUGGGAAACUCAUUAAAUGUUGACAAGUGCUUUUCUCUUGUA